AUUUUGGGAUUUCCAGAAGAAAAGAUCAAAGAGGAAUCAUCGAGAAUAGACUCUUUCUAAAGAGUUAAGCCUAAGAUGGCCACAGCCUUGGUCCUUCAGACUUCAGAGAUGCAGGAAGGACUUCAGGCAGUGAAGGUAGAAGAGAAAGGGGGGGAUUGUGGCUGUGGGCAGGAAUCUAGCCUGCCGAGAGAGAACCCUCACACCAGAGAGAUCUUUCGGAGACGCUUCCGGCAGUUCUGCUACCAGGAGACCCCUGGGCCCCGCGAGGCUCUUCGAAGACUCCGGGAGCUCUGCCAUCAGUGGCUGCGGCCCGAGACGCACAGCAAGGAGCAGAUCGUGGAGUUGCUGGUGCUGGAGCAGUUCCUGACCAUCCUGCCCGAGGAGCUGCAGGCCUGGGUGCGGGAGCACCGACCCGAGAGCGGGGAGCAGGCAGUGACUGCGCUGGAGGACCUGGAGAGGGAGCUGGACGAGCCAGGAGAGCUGGUGGAAGAUGGGAGCACAGAGGUCCCAAGCUAUGUUUGUGAACAGGGAGAGUUUGCAAAGGAGAAAGCAGCUCGGGGAGCAGCCCAGGAGUUGCCAGGUGGCCGGCUCCAGCCCUCGGAAGAGCUGCAUCAGUGCCGUGCACGCGAGCUGCGCCCGGUUCAGAUCGGUGGUGAGGCCGGGACUUGGAAUGUGGAGUUAGGCCCAGCGAGGGAGCUUUCUACAGAGACGAGGCCUCUUGUGGAAGCCGCAGAGAAACGGAACAGUGAUGCUGUUGAGAUGCCUGAGUGCAGAGACCCCUGUGAGCGGGACGGCAGGCUGGAGAGGCAGCGGCCAAGCUCUUCCGUGGAGAGACCCUAUGUCUGUGGUGAAUGUGGGAAGAGCUUCACCCAGAAUUCCAUCCUUAUCGAGCAUCAGAGGACACACACGGGGGAGAAGCCGUACGAGUGCGAGGAGUGUGGGCGCGCCUUCGGCCAGCGCUCGGGCCUGUUUCAGCACCAGAGGCUCCACACCGGGGAGAAGCGCUACCAGUGCGGCAUCUGCGGGAAGGCCUUCAGCCAGAACGCCGGGCUCUUCCAUCACCUCCGGAUCCACACGGGGGAGAAGCCCUUCCAGUGCGGCCAGUGCAGCAAGAGCUUUAGCCGACGCUCUGUCCUCAUUAAGCAUCAGAGAAUUCACACCGGGGAGAGGCCUUACGAGUGUGAGGAGUGCGGCAAGAAUUUCAUUUACCACUGCAACCUCGUUCAGCAUCGCAAGGUCCACCCCGCGCUCGGGCUGGCCGGCCCCUUGGAGCAGGUGGCGCCGCACGUCCUGCCGUCGGACCACUAGCACGGUCGCAGGGUCUCUGGACCCGUACCCAGUUUUCCAUACGAACGUCUCCGCUCUAUGAUGAAGCCACUGUUUCUGAAUAUAUACCUUGUCAGAAUCACCUGUGCUGUUUGAACUCCACAGCUUCCUGGGCACUACCCAGACUGGCUGAAUGUUUCUGAGGGCAGAACCUGGGAAUCUGCAUUUUAGCCAGCUUGUCCCUGGUUCUCAGAUAAAAGGUAACUAUAUAUAAUUUAUUGCCCAAUCUGGGACACUUGAGAAUAAAAGAGACUGGCGUUAAUAAUUACACCCAGACUAGAGGCAUUGCAGGAUGGGUGGUCUUCCACUUAGGACUAUUACAGCCGAGGAGAGAGAAGACCAGAUAGAAUAAGAAAGAACACAAUGUUCUCAUGAAAACUAAGGGAGGACAUCUAUGAAGGAGGCUGUGGGAGAUUUAGUGUAGCCGCCACCUGCCUGGUUUGAAAUAAUUCCUGUUAACCUGUCUAUUGGAUUAGCUCAGCAAGGGUGGGUUGUCCACAAAAACCACACUCCUCCUAAAAGGAUCCCCCAAAACCACGAAACAGUUAAGAUAGUUAUCGAAUGUGAACCUGUUGAGAUCGUGGUUUACCAGACAAAAUGAAUGACCUAUCAGAAGCUUAAGGAGCGGCUCGGUGUAUCGGACUGAUGGACUAGUGUGGGAUGCUCACUUGGAAAACUGGAGGAAAAGUGGGAGUAUAGGGCACUAGAGGAGAAACUUGGGGGAAUAAGUGUGAGCCAUCUUAAGCAAGUAGGAUGGAUGAGGACCAGAUCCCGUGCCCGGGAGCUCUUACUGAUCGAGCUACUUCACUGGCUGUGGAACCGGGGCCAUGUCGCCGCAUUCCCGGAGCUUUCUGCUGGUCCCGCGCAGGAGUGCGAGGGGUUACCUUCCACAGAAGGACGGGACUUGAAACGGUGGAGAGCAAGCCCACGGGCCGCUUUGCUCAGGGUGGUGCCGGUUAUUGCCUCUGACCCGGGGGCCCCGCGCACAGCAGGAUCUGCGCGAGGGGGAUCCGCAGGGACCCUAUGGGCUGGGACCCGGGACGACCAGGGUCCUAGGAAGCGGAGGGCUGCGCGGCAUUCUCUGACAGCGGACAGGUGUCCUCGGUGGGAUAGAGAGCUAGGGGCCCAGACAGAGUGGCCGGGGGCACCGGGAGGACCCGCCUGCCUAAGCCGCUCACAGGCUGCGGCGCUCGCGGCCGCCUGCGGGAGGUGGGAGCCGACCCACCACCGAGAUGAUGGGUCUUCCAGGCUUCCUAGAGAGGCGGCGGGCCGCCUGUGGAGGCGCGCCCGGACGUCGUGACGCACUUUUGAGCCGCGGGCGCGGGCGUUGGCGGGUGCCUCGUGCUUGCUCCGAAGCGAGGUUUCCCCGCCGCGCUCGGUGCCGCUUCCUCGCGUGGGUCCCCGGAAUCCGGGCCCCCCUGUGUCGGCGCUCGCGGGCACAAGCGCCGAGCGGGGGUCAGCGGGUGCGGUGUAGCCGCG